AUGCGGGGGCCAGCGCUGCUUUCGAGGGAGCCGCUUGAGUCCCCGAACUCCCUUGUCCGGGGCGAUUUUCAUUGCGGGAUUGGGCUUCCGCCGCACGAACUCGCCGACCGACUGGUGGAUGCGUAUUUCGAGCAUGUCCACGUGCUCUACCCCUUCGUGCACGAAGGCAGCUUCCGGGCCCGGUAUGAAGCGUUAUGGGCGAGGGGCAUGGACAACCAGGUUGAACCUUCCGUCUGGCUGGCCAUCGUCAACCUUGUUUUUGCCUAUGGGCACGAGUUCUGCGCGCAGCAACAGGACAACUUUGCCACGCUGGCGGCUCCCUUCGUCGACCGCGCCAAAGCCAUCGUCCUCUCGCACAUGUUCACAAGCACAAACCUCCAUCUCGUCCAGGCGUUGCUGCUGCUGUGCCACUACCUUCAGGGGACGCUUCAGCUGAACGAGUGCUGGAAUCUCGUCGGUCUGAUGAUACGGAGUGCUGUCAGCAUCGGGCUCCACCUGAACCCUGCCAAGGACGAGUCGCUCUCGACCGUAGAGAAGGAAGAGCGCAAACGCGCUUGGUGGGGCUGCUUCGUCCUGGACCGUACCCUGAGCAUGAAAUUUGGCCGUCCGCCCUCCAUAAUCUUCGACAACGCCAAGGAUGUCGACCUGCCAUUAGAAGUGGAUGAUCAGUACAUCGACGAGACCUCACUCACUCCGAGGCAGCCCUGGGGACGCCCUCCGCGGCUUUCUUUCUUCGUCCAUACGAUCAAGCUGUCUGAAAUAAUCGACAACAUCCUGCACAGGUUGUACGAUACCAGCAGAAGGUCUCAGAUGGAGUCGAACCAGAAACUGUGGUGGUCGCACAGCCCUGAGGAUUCAACAAGAUUGGGAAAUGCCGUGCUCCUGGAUGGUCAACUGCAGGCCUGGUGGGAUGCUAUGCCUUCGCAUCUCAAGGAUGAGCCGGACCCCUUGGACGGAAGAGGCUUCCGGCGCCAACAGCUUGUGAUGCGUAUAAGAUUCCUCCAGAUGAGAUUGCUUUUACAGCGGCCCUCGUUCAUGCUCUUUCGUAAGAACGAAAUAAAGGACGAUUUCCUCAGGGGCGUGGCCCUUUCUGCAUCCCAAAUCUGCAUGUCGGCCGCACGGGAGACAAUCCGGCUCAUUCAUCUUCACUAUGACAAGCAGUUGUUGAACUCGCUUUGGUACAAUCUGCACUACGUCUUCACCUCGUUGGGUGUCUUGGUUACUGUGCAGACGAUGGAAGCAUCGCUGCGAAAGUUGUUGUCGUCCAGCGAGGAUGCACAAGCAUUGCGCUGCGGCAUGGAGUUCCUGCGGUCGGCGAGUCGUAACAGCAUCCUCGCCUCUCGCUAUAUUGCCAUGCUCUCCAGGCCUAAUAAGAUUCUGACUCCCCAGACUUACAAUGGAAACAACCAUGCGGUCCAGGGUCAAGUUCUAGGGCACCACACAGAACUCGGCAGCGAUGGCACCGGCACUGCUGUCGACGACGAGGUUGUAAUCACAGGCACCAGCACAGGCGCAGGAGCACAAGGAAACGGGGUGCGGGAACAAUCACCAUCUCAGCAGGGAGGGUUAGACGGAUUGGGUAACGACUUUGACUUUGCACAUCUUGAUUCUAUGUAUUCAUAUGAGCUACUGUUUGGUACGGGCUUGCCGCAGGAGUUUGUCUCGACAGAUUGGCCUUCAUACGAGGCUAUGAUACAGCUGUAA